AAUCCCUGUGUAAUGUAAAGCGUGAAACGACGGUUUUUUAAUUGUAACUAGAUAAAACAACAACAGCAACAACACAACAGCAGCGAAAUAUGCGGACACAGUUUAUUGUAGGACGAUUUUAUGUGCGAUGAAAAUUGUACAAUUUCACAAUAUGAAAAACAACACAAUUUGUGCUAUUCCAUGGAGAUCUAACAAACUUCUAUACUGUGCUUAUGUGUUAGCGGUAUUUUGGUUUUUCAUGUACAAUAUGGAGUAUAGUUCGCACACUUACACAAAACAGACUGCAGAAGAAGUUCAAAGAGAAACCAGCAUAUGGAAAUAUUACUCAUUGCCUAAAAAUGUAGUUAAUCCAAUCAACGGAAAAUUCCUCAUUAUGAACACGUACAUCUGCGAAAGAGACGAUCCGUACAUGCUCGUCAUAGUGCCUUCUAAACCGGAUCACAUUCGGAUAAGAAACGCCAUCCGAAAAACGUAUGGUACUUUAUCACGUGACAAAAAUUCAUACGCAAAUAAUCUAAAAAUAGAACACAUAGUGAGAAUUAUAUUCGUAAUUGGGAAAUCUAAUAAUAACUCAAUAGACAACGCAACGGAUACAGAAAAUGAUAUUUUCAAGGACAUUCUAAAAGUAGAUAUGAUUGACUCGUAUCAAAACCUCACGCGGAAAAUGUUACAUGCGUUUAAAUGGAUUAAUUUAUACUGCGCAAAUGUGACCUAUAUCUUGAAAGCGGAUGAAGACGUUUUUGUUAAUAUAGCUAUGUUAUUAAAGCAGCUUAAGCAAAAUAAACCCUAUUACAAAGGUAAUAUUUUUGGGCAUAUCUUUAAUACCGACGAUCAUUUACAAGUGCAACGAGAAAACACAAAAUGGGGAGUAAAAUUCAAUGAAUACCCUCUGGACAAAUACCCGUCGUAUGCUCAAGGAACUUCAUAUACUCUAACUAGAAAUCUUAUAGAUAAAAUUGUAAACACAUCACAGUUCUUACCAUAUUUACAUAUAGAAGACGUGUUCAUAACAGGCAUUAUAUCGAAUAAAAUUCACGGUGCUCAACUUGUACAGCUGAAUGGCACAUCGAACUGGGGCGACAGUAAACCGGUGCCCUGCUACUUUGUGCAAAGCGGCCGUACAGCACAAACUUUAAUGACGCAUAAAUUGAUGUAUGCAACGUGGCAAGCGAUGCAAUCAUAUAAUGAAACAUGCCAGCCAAAGGAAAGCCAGAUUGCGGCUAGAUAGCAUUAUGUUUACUCAUAUUUGCCAUGAACUUUAUGUUUUAAUGGAUUAACAAUGAAAAAGAUAUACACGCACAUGUUAAGUAAUUAUAAAUUCUCUGAAACUAUUAUUUUAUGUAUUGUAUAUAUUAAGCAAUAAAUUAUAAAAUAAAGAUAAGAAUCGAUAUUUUUAUAACCUUGAAUAAUGAAAACAUCCUAAGGCACAAUCGC